GGCCCGGCGGCAGGCCCCCUUUUUUGUCCGCCGACGCGGGGUCAUGAGCGAGUGAGCAAGCGGGAGGCGGGGAUUGGUGCUGCUGCCUCCGCCGGGGCGCCUUCGCGGCUCCGCUGCUGGAUGGGUCUGCCAGGGGGACGCGCGUGAGCCUCCUCCCGAAGAUGCGGCGCGGCGAGGGGCGAGGAGGGGCGGCCGGCAAGGCGGCGCUGGAGGCGGGCCACGGAGGGGACCAAGCGCCGCGGGUGCCGGAGCCGGAGCAGGAGCAGCAGCAGCAACAGCAGCGCAACGGGGCUUCUCCGCUUCGCCGCCGCCCCGACCCCGCCGGAAUAGGCAUAGGCAUAGGAGGAGGAGGAGCCGCUGACCGGCGCAGCACUGAGUCCGAAGUGUACGACGACGGCACCAACACCUUCUUCUGGGAAGCACACACCUUAACUGUCCUGUUCAUUCUCACCUGCACCCUGGGAUAUGUGACUCUGCUGGAAGAGACCCCACAGGAUACAGCCUACAACACCAAGCGAGGAAUUGUUGCUAGCAUUUUAGUUUUCUUGUGUUUUGGAGUCACUCAAGCUAAAGAUGGGCCAUUUUCAAGACCUCAUCCAGCUUACUGGAGAUUUUGGUUGUGUGUCAGUGUGGUGUAUGAGCUUUUCCUCAUCUUCAUUCUCUUUCAGACUGUACAUGAUGGAAGACAGUUUAUGAAGUUCAUUGAUCCUAAUUUAGGAGUUCCUUUGCCAGAAAGAGACUAUGGUGGAAAUUGCCUUAUAUAUGAUCCAGACAAUAGGACAGAUCCCUUUCACAAUAUUUGGGACAAACUGGAUGGAUUUGUUCCUGCUCAUUUCCUUGGUUGGUAUCUGAAGACACUAAUGAUCCGCGAUUGGUGGAUGUGCAUGAUUAUCAGUGUGAUGUUUGAAUGUCUGGAGUACAGUUUAGAACAUCAGCUUCCAAACUUCAGUGAAUGUUGGUGGGACCAUUGGAUUAUGGAUGUAAUCUUAUGCAAUGGGCUUGGCAUUUACUGUGGAAUGAAGACGUUGGGGUGGCUUUCCUUAAAAACAUAUAAAUGGCAAGGACUUUGGAACAUUCCCACAUACAAAGGCAAAAUGAAGAGAAUUGCUUUCCAAUUCACACCUUACAGCUGGGUUAAAUUUGAGUGGAAGCCAGCAUCCAGCCUUCGCAGAUGGCUAGCAGUGUGUGGUAUUAUUUUUAUAUUUUUAUUGGCAGAAUUGAACACUUUUUACUUGAAGUUUGUCCUGUGGAUGCCUCCAGAGCACUACUUGGUUUUGCUGCGACUUGUCUUUUAUGUGAAUGUGGGUGGUGUAGCCAUGAGAGAAAUCUAUGACUUCAUGGACGAUCCGAAGUUCCACAAGAAACUGGGUCAGCAGGCAUGGCUGGUUGCUGCUAUCACAGCUACAGAGUUCCUUAUUGUAGUGAAAUAUGAUCCCUACACUUUAACAUUGUCACUUCCUUUUUACAUUACUCAGUGCUGGAUCCUUGGAAUCAUCCUUGUACUUACAUGGACAGUGUGGCGCUUCUUCAUUCGUGACAUCACCUUACGGUAUAAAGAAAUAAGACGGCAAAAGCAAGAACAUAAAUAUGAACAAGACAAAGACAAGUGUUUAAUAAAUGGUGAUGGACAUACAAUACUGACAGAUGAGCACACUGAGAAUAAACUAGAGGAGAAAAAACUUUGAACCUGGAAGCUAAGAGGGUUAUUUUUCUGGACUUGGAAAGUUUAACCCUCUCUAGUUUUGAAACUUUUAAUGUUCUCUCGUGUGUGAGAAUCCUGUUGAGAAAAGGUGCCACCUGAUCUCUUUUGAGGAAGGUGUUUACAACUAAUGUUUCAAGCAAUGCUCCUUCCACAAGAGAACCUCCACUUAAGUGUAUUAUAAAUGUUUGUGUCAUCUUAACAAAUAAAGGAGGAUCAGGGAGGCUUAUGUAGGUGCAAAGGGAAUCUAGUAGCCCCAAGUCUGGACAGCUGUUCCUGCUUGGGCCAUCAUGAACACAUUUCCUGGAAUAAAAACUGUAAAAAGCAGUUCGUAAUUUCUGCUGGAACUACCUGGAGAAGUGUCAAUAUAAUAUCCACGUCCUUCUGAGUCAUUAGUUAGGGCAAUAUCCGUAAAAUAAAUGGUGGGAUGCAAUUGAAGCAUAAGAACAAACUGCGUAACUUGCACAGUAUACUAUUGCAACAGCCCUUGGAGGUCUUGGGUCUCGCUGCCUCUCCCUCAAGGCAAAGGUGCAGAACCUUGAAACAGCCUGGACAUUUUAUACCACAUCCUGUUGAUAACCAAAUACCUCUUCGGUUCAUCUAGAUCCUGGUCAUUUCUUUAGGUCAAAACAUUUAACUUUGCUGGUCAGUAGCCAAGUCAAGCAAGUGCAGGCUGAAACAGGUAGAAAAUCGUUACUCCACCAAAGUUGUGUGUUCAUUGCCUUAUUCUUCUACCAGUGAGCUGUUGUAUGCUCUUGCCUUGAUUCCUGGACCACUUCCACCCCCCCACCGCCCCAAUUGUGCAAGACAGAGGGUGUCAUUCACCAGAACUGUCUUGUUACUUGUAGAGUUAGAAUGAGGCAACUCCAGUGGACACAGUCAAUCCCCAGAAGGUUGCAGCUGCCACAGACAUCUCCUGGGAACCCCUCAUCAAAGGAUGCUGGCUGUCUCACUUGUCACUUGAUCCCAAAACAAAUGGUGUCAUGUUACAAACAUCUCCAUAAUCACCACUGUCAUAGGAAUUAAUUUCAUAAUUCAUAAAACCAAUCCGUUUCCUCUUUGUUAACAAGAUGACAGCCUUAAAUCCAUGGAAAUUUGGGGAAAUUUGUUUUGAAACAAGCUUUUUUUAAAGCAAGUAUAAGCUAUAAUCCUAGCCCUCUUCUUGCUAUUCCUCCCCCACAAGAUCUCAGAAAUGCUGCUGGUUAAAGCACAAUGGCUUUGGCUCCCUUUCAUAACAAUACUUGAAUGGCAAAAUAAGUCUGCCUUUGCCUUCUUUCUACAAUGACACUAAUGUUCUCUUUAAACAAUGGAUGCUUUCAGCGGGUCAAAAAAAUCAUGCAAAUGACUUUUUGAAGGCUCAGCAAAUGAAGCAGGGUGUUUUUUAGCAUAUAAAAUGAAGGUAGAAAUUGUGCCCCAUGAUGAUCAAUAUGAGGAAGGUCAUGUGAAGCUUAUUCUUGAUUUGUGCAUAAUAUACUGCUGCAUAGUCACUGAAUUGAUGAUGUGUAAAAUUAGGAUUUUAAACAAAGAAUACUGUGGCUGUAACAAGACAUUAACAGACGUCGUAAAAGGGCCAAUGCUAAAUUGAACUGGUACAUAGAAUAAGCCUCUCCCCAGAAAUGGAUGCAGUAGGUUGUCAGAGAUUUUCAGGUCCAUUUUGUACCUGUCUUGUGAGCUGACUAGAGGUAGUACUAGUGGACCUGUACUAAUGUGGCCCCGGUUUUGCAAAGCGUACAUAGGCAUAGAGUCCUUGUCCGUUUUUGUACGAGUAAAUUCUGCUCCUCUUGUAAUUUUGUGUUGUAACGUCCUCCAUGUAGUUCUGGUGGUAACAAGUGCAAUGGGGAGAAUUUGAAGGGAAUUUUAAUUCUUGUUUCUGUUUGAGGAACCAAUUGUGUAUAAUUACAAGUAUAAGAGGGGAGAAAAAAACUUUUGUUUCCUAAGUUGAACUUGACCUAUUUUCAAAACAUUACUUUCCUACUGAUUUUUAUGAUGAUUGAAAUAUUGAGUCUUACAAUUACAGUCUGGAUAAUUGAACAAAUGUAAUAAAAGGUUGUUUUGCUGGUGUA